AUGACGGAGGGCACCCUAGAUACAUUGGAGUCUCUGGAAGGCCGGGUGGAGGACCUUGAGGAGGAGGUACAUCAGCCACACACCAUCAGGGCCCAUGAAGGCUACAUUGAUGGAUACUGCCAGACCCUUCUCUGGAAGAAGGAUGAAGAAGCGAAGAAGAUGGAAGAGCAUUUCAUAGAGCAAGAGAAGUGGGACUGUCUCUACACCAACGGCACCCAGCACGUGAGGUUUCUGUUCAGAUUCAUCUGGAACCAGGAGCAGGACGCUCACUUCGACAGCGACGUGGGCGUGUUCGUGGCCGACAGGGAGCUGGGGGAGCCUGACGUCAAGUACUUGAACAGCCAGAAGGAGGAGCUGGAGAAUGCACGGGGCGAAGUGGACAGGUUCUGCCGACACAACUACAGGGACUGCUUUGGCUGGAGAGUGGCUGUGGGCCCUGGUCCUGGGGGCCGGCUGCGCAGCAUCCACCAGUGCCUGAGAUCAGAGCUCCCUGCCCUAGAAACCAGUCCCUGCAAAGAGCUUUGCCCAAGGCCUGCAGUGAAGCCCAAGGUGAAAGUCUCCCCAACAAAAUCAGGGGCCCAGGCCCACCCAGACACACUGAUUUGCUCCGUGACGGGGUUUUACCCCGGCGGGAUCGAGGUGAAAUGGUUGAAGAACGGGCAGGAGCAGACGGCCGGAGUGGUGUCCACGGAGCUGAUGCAGAACGGAGACUGGACCUUCCAGAUCCUGGUGAUGCUGGAAAUGACCCCCCGGAGCGGGGACGUCUACACCUGCCAGGUGGAGCACAGCAGCCUGCCGGGCCCUGUCACCGUGCUCUGGGAGGCGCAGUCAGACUCAGCCAGGAGCAAGAUGCUGACGGGGGUCGGGGGCUUUGUGCUGGGGCUGAUUUUCCUGGCGCUGGGACUCCUCGUCUACCUGAGGAACAAGAAAGGCCGCCCCGUUCCCCAGCCAACAGGGCUCCUCAGUUAGAUCCUGCAGCUUCGGGGCCUGCAUUGCCCAGCGUGAUUCUCCACCCCCGUCUCCUGGCACCUGUCCCUGUGUCUGGAGCUCUUCUCACUUUCCCUCCGUCCUCACCUGGAUCCCUGGGGCUGAUGACUCAGAAUUAACCCUUUAUCUGCCUAAGCCUCACCACAUCUGCACUCAGAAAUGCUACUGCUUUUGGGGGGACCUUCAGGGGACUCUGAUGUGAGACACGGGGAGCUGUAACAAGGCCAUUUCCAGCAGUUGUCACAGCCCUCUGGAAUGAGACUCCCAUGGAGCCCCAACUUAAGCUAAUAUGCCCCAGAAAGCACCAGUAUCACCCUCAGCCCAAGCAGUGGAAACAUGUUGUUAGGAAAGGACAGGAUGGAGGAGUCCAGUGGUACCGAGGGAACACGUGCUCUACCCUUGGCCCAGGGUGGUCCUGGGGGGUCUCUGAGCUUGUAGCCACCUUGUUAUAAUUGAGAUCUGGUAAGUCUGGCCUGGAUCCCCAGGGUGUCCUGUGGAGCUGUUGGACAGAAGGGGGUUGAGCCAGGUGCAUUGAAACAUGUGCUGGGCUUGUGCUAUUUAAUUGCUCCUGCUACUGCUCUGGAUCACUCCUUUGGGACUGGAAAGGAGCAGGUUUCUGUCCUGCUGGGGGUGAUGGUGUUUCUGACCAAUAACUUGUCUCACCAGUG